AGUUAUGCUCAGCAGAAACAGCUACAUGUGAAACACAGACAAACCCCGCACACUAUUUCAGAGGAGUUAGAAAAUGGAUAAUUUCUGAAGCACCUCAUGGAGACUUUUCCCCCACUGAAUGAGAUGGCGUUAUAGAACCAGCUACUCCCUCCUGCCCUGCAGUUACUCCUCUACAACCAUUCCCAUCAACUGACCAUCCCCUGCCCUCCUGCUAACCCUAACGCAGUCCUUGAGUUGUGCCAGUGGGUGCAAACCUGGUUUCCUGUCUUCACACAGCCAUGGACGCCCUGACUAUUAGGGGAAUACAGGUCUCCCCAGUAAGAGACUUUGACCAAAUGGUGGAGAUCAGAGCCGAGAAACAUGAACACCUACGAGGACGUAACAACGUGACUUCAUGUCGCAGCCCUACAAGAGAGUUUAACACAAGACUGAUAAAGAAUGAACAGAAGGAAAAGAGGCAUCUGGAAUUUCUGAGGAGGAGAUCAGUGAGCCCAGAGCUGUGUGGUGUGAAGCCAACAAACCGGUCUAAGAAGACGAAACAUUCACCAGAGACAUUUUCAAUGAAACAUCAAUCAUCAUCAAUCAGCAAGUCAGAGACACUGCAUACAAAUAUCCAAAAUACUUCCAAAGCUAAUGGAUAUCCAGUGAUUUUAACACCAAACAGCAACAUAACUGAUGGCCCAGGCAGCAGGAAAUGGGCUUCAUUAUGGCCCGAACAGGUAACACUGAUGAGGCAAGAGAAAGGCCAUGUAAGGGUGCAUGCAUCUACCUCUUCGUCAGCUAUACAGGAGUCAAACCAGCACUUUUUACUCUCUCACCAAACAGAAAAGAUUCAACACAAAUUCUCUGUCCAAACUGAAAAUAUUGUUAAAAAAAAGAUACUGCGAGAGACCAGCGUGCAGACAGAGUUGGGUCUUAUCACUGUCAAGGAGUCAGAUGUUCAGCGGUUAGCCGACUACUUGCAGGAGGCUCUGUGGAGAGAGGAGGCAGUGAAGAAGAAGCUGGCAGCCCUCCAGGAGAGCACAUCAAACCUUGUGAACUCCUCCAGCAAAAUAUGGACAGCUCACUGCAGUGAAGACCUACUGAGAAACAAGAUCAAGGCUCUGGAGGCGCAGCUGCAAGUCUGCCUGCAGAAGUUUCCCAGGGAUGGAGUGAAGAAACUGGUGCUACAGAUGGAGAAGCAGAAACUGGCGUAUGAGGAGAAGGCCUUGGUUGCCUUGCAAAAGGCAACACAGGACAAAACAGAGGCGCUCACCAAGGCUGAGACAAUGCAGGAAGCGCUAAUUACAGCAAAGGCAGAGGCACUGAGAUGGCAGAGCCUUUAUGAUGAUCUGAAGAUGAACUGUGGACAACUGAGGGAGAACCAACUCCUCAGCAAUGAACAGCUACAACAGCUGCACAGCCAAGUGGAGCUGUCCAGAGCCAGAGAGGACGAGCUGAGGGAAGAGGUGGUGUCAUUAAGACAAGAGAAGCAGGAGCUACAGUACAACAUUUGCCUGCUGGAAGGGAAGAACCAGAUGUUAAGAGAGGAAAUUCAGCACCUUAAAGAUUGCAGCAAUGAGACUCAGGAGUUGAUGGAGUCAGAGGAAGCAGAGCAACAACUGAGGAGAGACUCUCAGGUGGAGGAGCAGCUCCGUCACACUCAGGAGAAACUCCGACUCAAAGAGAGAGAGACACGGCUGUGUGGCUCCUGGUGGAAGGUGUGGAUGUUCUUCCUUCUACUCCUCGUUGUGGUGGAAGUUGCCCUGUUGUGGCUGUGGUAUCCUCCUUUCAGGGAGCAAGUUGAAGACCUGUACUCAGACAUAGAGACACGCAUCGAAGAUUAUCUAGUGGAAAUGGCCUCUCCUCAGCACUCAAGCUGUUUUAGACCAAUAUGAUAAUGGCACUGCUCAGGAAUGUAAUUUUUAUUGUGGCUUUUGUUUUAAAAUAAGACUAUUCUAGGAUAUAGUUUGUUGAUAUUUUUGUAUUUUAUACUAUUUCAGACUUGGAACUCAACGUGUGUGUGUGUGUAUGAUGUGUAGGAUCUUCAAAUACAAGUGAACACUUAAAGUGUGAAAAAUAUAACAAUGUUUGCAACAAUUACAACAUGUUGAAAGCACAGCUUACAAGUUGACUGAGGUUAAUAACAUUUUAAGAACCUGUGAAACUGUCAACAAAAUAGUAGGGGAAAAUGAGGAAGUAUCAUUUUUACUGUAAACAGCUUAUUUAGUCAAAAGCACCACCUUGAAUUAUUAGAAAAGGCAGAUAAAACAUUAAGCACUUAAAAUGAAGAUAAAAUAUCACAGUAAUGCUUUCAGCUGUUGUGGUGACAUGCUGGGGAGUUUUUUUAGAUUCACUGCUGGGGGAGUAAGCACUCAAUAAAAGAGCCAUUAGCAUUAGAAAUAAAGAAAUAUUGUCAUAAGAAAUGUUACUGUUUGUCGAGUUUUCUUUUGAAUGUUGUCUGAGUAAGAUACCCAAGGUCUCCAUUGUGAAGACAUUGUUAGGAAGGACCACAGUUAAAUUGAUCAGAGAGGACAGUUUAAUUGGGCUUAUUGCAUGGAAAUGGGAUUUAAUUUGCAGUCUCAUCGUUACAACGGUAUCACUGAUUAGUGAGGAAACAUCUUCAUCAUCCACUGACCAACCUUAAUUCCCCUGUGGGUAAUAUUUUAUCCUACUUGGGGAGUGAAACUUUCUGUAAACCACUGGACUGUGAAAUCCACAUUUACCCUCUAAAGUCUCUCCUACAGAUCUCUUACACUGUCUUACAAAAU